GCCGUCUCCCAUAAUUCUUUUUUGUUUGUUUUUUUAACACUCUCCUCUCCUCCCUCAACAUGUAUAAAUAAAUAAUACUAAUAAGUUCCAUUCUCUUUUUUCUCUCUCUGUUUUUCAAAAACCCACACAACGCUAAAGAAACUGCAAGACUGUUAAAAAAAGAAGAGGAUAAUCUUUGAAAAAUCCUUUUGGAUUUCUAGGGUUUGUUAUCAAAAGAAAGCCAGAGCCAUUGAAAAGAGGAGGGAAGAUCGGAUGGCUACACAAGGGCAGGCGGCGAUGGACCAUGCUGUCCUAGAUGACAUAAUCAGACGGUUAACAGAAGUCCGAUCAGCCAGACCAGGCAAGCAAGUUCAGCUAUCGGAGGCUGAGAUCAAGCAACUCUGUGUCGCUUCUCGUGAAAUUUUUCUUCAACAACCUGUUCUGCUCGAGCUUGAAGCCCCCAUCAAGAUAUGCGGUGACAUUCAUGGGCAAUAUAGUGAUUUAUUGAGACUUUUUGAGUAUGGUGGUUUUCCUCCUGGGGCAAAUUAUCUUUUUUUGGGGGACUAUGUUGAUCGAGGAAAGCAAAGUUUGGAAACUAUAUGCCUUUUGCUUGCCUAUAAGAUUAAAUAUCCAGAGAACUUCUUUCUCUUACGAGGAAACCAUGAAUGUGCUUCUAUAAAUCGGAUAUAUGGAUUUUAUGAUGAAUGUAAGCGGCGGUUUAAUGUAAGGCUAUGGAAAUCCUUUACUGACAGUUUCAACUGCCUUCCUGUUGCUGCUUUGAUAGAUGACAAAAUUUUGUGCAUGCAUGGCGGUCUUUCCCCUGAUUUGACAAAUUUGGAUCAAAUUAGAAACUUGCCCCGCCCAACUGCUGUUCCAGAUACUGGUUUGCUGUGUGAUUUACUCUGGUCGGAUCCUGGUAGAGAUGUUAAGGGAUGGGGGAUGAAUGAUAGAGGAGUUUCUUACACCUUUGGUCCUGAUAAGGUGCAAGAAUUCUUGACAAAGCAUGAUUUAGACCUUGUCUGUCGUGCACAUCAGGUUGUGGAAGAUGGGUAUGAAUUCUUUGCCGACAGGCAACUUGUUACCAUAUUUUCAGCUCCCAACUACUGUGGUGAAUUUGACAAUGCUGGUGCUAUGAUGAGUGUUGAUGAAAAUUUGAUGUGCUCCUUUCAAAUUUUAAAGCCUGCUGAGAAAAAAGCGAAGUUCAUGAUGUCAAACAAAAUGUGAUGGCUGCAAAUUAUUAGUCCCUGGUCAUACCCAAGGGAAACUGGCUAAAAUUAAAGGUUUUCAGGUUUGAGUCUGCUAAUUCUAGGAGACGCAGGCACGACCCGUGCAUUAUUUACUGUUUGGUGGGGGCAAAGCUUUCCAAAUCAUUUUUGGAGGCACAUGCUGUGGGGUGUACCAAAAGUCCGAAGGAACUGUUUUUUUCUUUCCUUUUUUUUUCCGCAUCUAAUGUCUUUACUUUUCUCUGUAGUUCGUACUCCUGCGUAUGUGCAUAUAUUUGGCCUGGUAAUUAUAAUUGUGAUUGGGCAUCGGAAUUGGCCACAUUUAGCUCUA